AUGCAACCUGGGCAACAAGCGCGGAGCGAAGAGGUGGGUAACCGUGUGUGGUCGAGCGAGCGCGGGAAUUGGGAGGAUUGGGGGUUUGGUGUAUGGUGGUAUGGUAACAAUGGUAUUUUUGGUAUCGCAAGUAUGAUAUGUGAAUCAGAUACCGGCGAUGGAAACUACAAACCUCUACCUAGAGCCCACACCAACAUCAUAACGAGCAGCAUCCAAGUCGACAUCAACAAGGGCAAAGCAAACAGGCACCUUGUUUCUUUCCAACCACUGACACAGGCGAUCGAAACAAUGGAAACAAUAGAAACUGGGAAAGAGCAAGGACAGCUCCUCCAUGCAAGGCAGUCACGGUCAUGUGUGAAGCGGAGGAAGAUGCGGGAUGCUGGAUCACCCUUUUGGCGAAUGGCAUGCUUCCUGAUGCUCAUCAUUAGCCUGACGCCUGCUCUUCUGGGCCUCUCCGGUAAAGAGGUACAGACAGGAAGCGAGGAAUCGGGCUCUAGUUCGCCGCUGUGGUUCGGUCGAGGUCGUUGUCAGGACGAUUACUAUCAAGACACAGGUGACAGACAUGCUGCGACAGUGACAACGCUCGUUUGA